CUCAGCGCCAAGUUGCCCUUCCAGGCUCCUAGUGGAGCGCCGGGCUCAAGAGAAGCAGCUGCAGCAAAACUCAGUUGUGCCUCCUGGGCAGAUCUGGGCGCCCUUAAACGCAGCUGUAGCUUAUUCCAGCUACUCGGCCAACAAGAAAGAGGGCCCGCCCCGCCGUGAGCCGCGGGGGCCUCUGGGAAGUGUUGUCCGGCGUCUAACGGACCGAGGCCAGUGCCGCCCUAAGUCACAGCCGACGCUGACCUUACAGGCGCCUCCGACUCGUCCCGCACCGGUUGUGCCACUUGGGCGGCGCUGAGUUGUGGGAUUGGACCUGUGUUCGCGGGCUGGUGGAUUCUUCAGGUAUUCAUUCAUUCAUCAGCACUCCUUUUAUUGAUUGCUGUUUAUGUGACAAAUGAUUCUAGAUGCCUGGAUAUAGCACUGAACAAAAGCGAAACUCUGCUGUCAUGGUACUUACAUUGUCGUGAGCCAGAUAAUAAAUGAGCUCUGCCCUAUUAAGCCCUGUCUAUUACCAGAAAGAAGAGGAAAUGACUGAGUCCCAGGGGACGGUGACAUUCAGAGAUGUGGCUAUCGACUUCACUCAGGAAGAGUGGCAGCAGUUGGAUCCUGCUCAGAGGAACCUGUACCGGAAUGUGAUGCUAGAGAACUACAACAACUUAAUCACAGUGGGCUGUCCAUUCACCAAACCUGAUGUGAUUUUCAAGUUGGAACAAGAAGAAGAGCCUUGGGUGGUGAAGGAGGAAGUGUUACGGAGACACCGUCCAGGAGAAGUAUGGGGAAUUGAUGAGCAUCAGAAAAUCCAGGACAGACUUUUGACACAGUUUGAAGAUAAAUUCACAAAAACACUGACUGAAGAAAAAGUCAAUGAAUGUCAUAAGAAAUUUGCCAGUGCAUUUCCUCUUAACUUGGACUUUUUUCCUUCCAGUCACAAUCUCUAUGAAUAUGACUUAUUUGGAAAAUGUUUAGAACAUAAUAAUUUUGACUGUCAUAAUAAUGAUCGAAUCUUUAUAAGAAAGGAACAUUCUGCAUAUGAUGAACCUAUGAAAUCAUUUGUCAUUAGCCCAUCCCAUCUUGUCAUAACCCCCUUUAAGUGUAAUCACUGUGGGAAAGGAUUCAGUCAAACUUUGGACCUCAUCAGGCACCUUAGAACUCAUACUGGAGAGAAACCCUAUGAAUGUAAAAACUGUAGAAAAGCCUUCAGCCACAAAGAGAAACUCAUUAAACAUCAUAAAACUCAUAGUAGGGAGCAGUCUUAUGAAUGUAAUGAAUGUGGGAAAGCUUUCAUUAAAAUGUCAAAUCUCAUUAGGCAUCAAAGAAUUCAUACUGGGGAAAAACCCUAUGCAUGUAAGGAAUGUGGGAAGUCCUUCAACCAGAAAUCAAAUCUCAUUGAUCAUGAAAAAAUUCAUACUGGAGAGAAACCUUAUGAAUGUAAUGAGUGUGGGAAAGCGUUCAGUCAGAAGCAAAGCCUCACUGCACAUCAGAAAGUUCACACUGGGGAGAAGCCUUAUGCAUGUAAUGAAUGUGGGAAAGCCUUCCCUCGAAUUGCAUCCCUUGCUCUUCAUAUGAGAAGUCAUACAGGAGAAAAACCUUAUAAAUGUGAUAAAUGUGGAAAAGCUUUCUCUCAGUUUUCCAUGCUUAUUAUACAUGUAAGAAUUCAUACGGGUGAGAAACCCUAUGAAUGUAAUGAAUGUGGAAAAUCCUUCUCCCAAAGUUCAGCCCUUACUGUACAUAUGAGAAGUCAUACUGGUGAGAAACCGUAUGAGUGUAAGGAGUGUAGAAAAGCCUUCAGCCAUAAGAAAAACUUCAUUACACACCAGAAGAUUCAUACUAGAGAGAAACCUUAUGAAUGCAAUGAAUGUGGGAAAGCUUUCAUUCAGAUGUCAAAUCUUGUUAGACAUCAGAGAAUUCACACUGGAGAAAAACCCUACAUAUGUAAGGAAUGUGGCAAAGCCUUUAGCCAGAAGUCAAAUCUCAUUGCUCAUGAAAAAAUUCAUUCUGGAGAGAAACCCUAUGAAUGUAAUGAAUGUGGCAAAGCCUUCAGCCAAAAGCAAAAUUUUAUUACACAUCAGAAAGUUCACACUGGAGAAAAACCUUAUGAUUGUAAUGAAUGUGGUAAAGCCUUUUCUCAAAUUGCAUCACUUACUCUUCAUCUGAGAAGUCACACAGGAGAAAAACCUUAUGAAUGUGAUAAAUGUGGGAAAGCCUUCUCUCAGUGCUCAUUGCUCAACUUACACAUGAGAAGUCAUACUGGUGAGAAGCCCUAUGUAUGUAAUGAAUGUGGGAAAGCGUUCUCUCAAAGAACUUCUCUUAUUGUGCACAUGAGAGGCCAUACAGGUGAGAAACCUUAUGAAUGUAAUAAAUGUGGAAAAGCCUUCUCCCAAAGCUCAUCCCUUACUAUACAUAUACGAGGUCAUACAGGUGAGAAGCCCUUUGACUGUAGUAAAUGUGGAAAAGCCUUCUCUCAAAUCUCAUCUCUUACACUUCAUAUGAGAAAGCAUACAGGUGAGAAGCCUUAUCAUUGUUAUGAGUGUGGGAAGGCUUUUAGCCAGAAGUCACACCUUGUUAGACACCAGAGAAUUCAUACUCAGUAGAGCACUGUGGAUAUUGUGAAUAUGGAAAAGCCAUCAGAAAGACUUAGCACCUCCUUUCACAUAAGCAGUUCUAGAACAGAAGACUAUGACUGUGGAAAGCCUUUUUGAAGAAGUCACAUUUGUGAAACGAGAAUUUUUACCAAGGUGACAAAUUGAAACGAAUAAGCUGAACAUCAAAAACCUUCACAGACAUCUAUUGAUAUUUAUUCAGCAUUCUUAUUAAAAUAGGAAAGAAGGUAUCUACUAUCAGCAUAUCAGUAUUACAUUUGAGCUCCUAUCCAGUGUAUUAAGAUGGGGGGGGGCUGUAAAAAUACCUCUUAAACAAGAAAUAUUUGAUUCAAAAAUGUGUUGAUAAAAAAUGUCUAAGGAUAAACACAACAGAAUUACAAGGUACACAUACAUAUAAAGUUAUAACAUAUUUUCAAGGGCACAAAAUAACACCUGAAAUUUUGAGAAAAAUAACAUUGUCUGAAAAGGUGACAUUUUUGAAAACAAAUUCUCUCAUAGCUCUCCAAGGUACUUCCACUCAAAAUUUUCGCUAAUUUUAAGAAUUUCACAAACUAAUUUAAAGUCUUACAUAGGAAUAUAAAGAACCACAAAUAGUAGAAACAACAGUGAAAAAAGACACAGUCUUCUAGAUAACAUCGCAUAAUUUAUUUAAAGCUGGUGUCUAAACAAUGUGUUCUUGAUAGGUAAAUCUUAUACAAGGAUUGGAGAAAGGAGAUAUGGAAAUUUUGUGUAUGAUAGUGCUACUGAAGUCAUUGGAGAAAGAAUGGCCUAUUCAAUAAAUGGAAGAUUCAUAUGAACAAAAAAUGAUAGCUCCCUAUACCAUAUACAAAAAUACAAUCCAGAUAGAUUGAAGACCAGAAUAUAAAAAACAAAAUUCUAAAACGAUGAUGAAAGUGAAACAGAUUUAUUAUUUUAGGAUAACAGGAUUACUCUAAGGACACAUAAAUAUGAAGCUGUCAUUUCUCUUUUGGUGUGCUGGCUCCCGAGGCGCACACACACGGGCAUGGGAGCCCCAUCUCUAUUCACUGCACCAUGGUUUGUAUGACACUAAAUCGGACCUAAGUCCUCAUCAGGGCGGUAAGUUCGUACCGUGUAAUUCCUGCUAUGGUAGAAUACAAUGUUUAGAAGGUACGCAUGUUACAUGUAUUAUGUAUAUCACAGCACAUAAUAUUGAGAGAAAAAAGCUAAAUGUACAAUGAAAGGUUGUAACAUUUCUGUAAGUUUAAUAAAAUAAUGCAAAGAACAGUA